GAAAACAACCUGGCAUGCAAUUGGUUAUUAAAGACGUUACGUCAUCACCACGCGCCUACCGUCGAGCUAGGUCCUCUUAAACGCAGUUUCUUAAAAACAACAAAUACCUGAUAUUUUGCAGUCAUGGCGACAGAGGUUUUGGAGAAGACGAGUGACGAUGGUCCGGCAUCGGGGAAGCCGUUUACCAGGUUCGACCUGGAGAAGGAGACUGAGCUGCGGUUUGAGGUGGAGGCAGGAGAUGCAUCAGAGCAGGUGGAGAUGGAGCUCGUCACGGGAAUGGCUGAAGUGUUCGGAUCAGAGCUAAACCGGAAUAAGAAGUACACGUUUGGGCCAGGCUCCAAAAUAGCAGUUUUCACCUGGCAAGGCUGCACUGUGAAUCUUUAUGGAAAACCAGAGGUGGCUUAUGUGUCCAAGGACACUCCUAUGCUGCUCUAUUUGAACACACAUGCUGCCCUGGAACAGAUGAGGAAACAAGCAGAGCGGGAUAACGAGAGGGGACCAAGAGUAAUGGUGGUGGGACCUACGGAUGUGGGCAAGUCCACGGUGUGUCGGCUGCUCCUCAGCUAUGCUGUGAGGGUUGGAAGGAGGCCUACAUUUGUUGAACUGGAUGUCGGACAGAGUGGGGUGUCUGUCCCAGGGACAGUGUCAGCACUGUGCAUUGAGCGUCCGGCUGAUGUGGAGGAGGGUUUCUCGGUUCAGGCUCCCUUAGUGUAUCACUUUGGCUCGACUACUCCAGGGACCAAUAUCAAACUGUACAACAAGCUGACGUCAUGUUUAGCUGAGGUGUUUUCCCAGCGCUGUGAGAUGAACCGGAAGGCCAGCGUGGGGGGCUGCAUCAUCAACACUUGUGGCUGGGUGAAGGGUUCUGGAUAUCAGGCUCUGGUCCACUGUGCAUCCACCUUUCAGGUGGAUGUGGUGCUGGUGUUGGAUCACGAGAGGCUUUACAAUGAACUCAAACGAGACCUGCCUCACUUUGUGCGCGUUGUACUCCUGCCUAAAUCUGGUGGAGUGGUGGAACGCUCCAAAGAGUGCCGGCGGGAAACCCGGGAUGAAAAAAUCCGUGAAUACUUCUACGGAUUCCGUGGAAUUUCCUUCUUCCCCUUUUCUUAUGAAGUUCGAUUCUCAGAUGUUCGUAUCUAUAAAAUCGGAGCACCAUCCAUCCCAGACUCGUGCUUGCCUCUGGGAAUGUCUCAGGAUGAUACACAACUGAAACUCGUGCCUGUGACACCAGGGAGGGAUCUGACGUAUCACGUCUUGAGUGUGAGCAGCGUUGACGAUGGGGAUGAAGAUGCCAGAAAGAGUAUUGUGGAGAGUCCUGUGUGCGGUUUUAUUGUUGUAACUCAGGUAGACACUCAGACGCAGGUUAUGAAAGUGCUUUCUCCGGCUCCCAGGCCACUGCCCAGACACACACUGCUCAUAAUGGACAUCCGAUUUAUGGACAUGAAGUGAAACUUUGAGAGAGAGGCGGUGGGCUGAACAUGCCAAACUGCAGCCUGGCUAGAUUUUGUUUAAUGAAUAAAAGGUUAAAUUGGUUUGUGCUGCAGAUUUUACUCUGUUUUAUAGAGCUGAACAUACAGGUCUCUGACCUGUCUCCUGUAAACGCAGGGAUGUAUUUUGUCUUGAUAAGCUGUUUUUAAGAGAGACCCUUUGCCUCCAAUUGGUUAAUAAAUAUUUUUAUUGCCAAA